UUUAAAUUUAGGCCGCGUCAGACUUCUCGCCGGAGCUCUACGGCGGCGGCGGCGGCGGCGGAGGAUGGCCGGGAAUGGUGGAGCCCAGGAACUUUCCCCAGAGCGUGAAGCAGCAGUGCUGGGAGAAGGCGGGAGAAGGUGAAGGACCGCGACCCCGACCGGUGGCGCCGCGAGUCACUCGGCAACGUCUUCCGGAAGCUCGUCAGCUUCCCCGCUGCCUCUGCCACGAGUACGAUCACAUAAUCCCCUGCUCCAAGGCAACUGUUGAUCGACCUAAGGGAAAUAAAACUAUGAUAUCCAAGCCUGUCAUCAUACAGAAGAGCGCAUAUUAUAGAGUUUCAGCUUCCAACAACCACAGGAUGAGACACAGAUCUUCUAGAACUCUCUGCAUAUGGUAAUGUCUGUCGUGCACCAGACUAACACAGUGGUCUCUGACCAGGACCAGGAACCAAUUCGAAUUUGGAUCUUGACAUGUCGGUUGUUUUUAACCGUAGGCAUCUCGCCAGGAAGUUGGUGGGCUCAUCAUGAAUUAGGUCGGGGUGGCUGGUGGUUUCGGGAUCCCGUAGAAAAUGCCUCUUUUAUGCCUCGGGUAUUAGCCACAGCUCGUAUUCAUUCAGUAAUUCUACCCCUUCUUCAUUCUUGGAUCUCGCUUCUUAAUAUUUUGACUCUUCCAUGCUGUGUCUCAGGAACCUUUUCAAUACGGUCCGGAUUGCUAGCUCCCGUUCAUAGUUCUGCUACAGACGAUACACGAGGAAGAUUUUUAUGGCGGUUCUUCCUUCUAAUUACAGGCAUAUCUAUGAAUC